AGGCUUUGCAGGGUCCGUCAAGGUCUGACCGAGGCUAGCCGGUUUGUGAUCGGCACCAACCACACUGACCAUUCACUAAAGUCAAACUCGGAGAUUUAUCUCGACUCUCCAGAUGACAAGCCACUCAUUUAACCAGUCUUUCCUUUCAAUCUGUACCAUAUCUCAGGACAGCACAGGCUCCUUGCGCAAGGGUAGCUUUGAGACGAACUUCCAUAUAGAGGCAAAACAAAUUGUCGAGGAGUUCAAUCCGGGAGAACGAGCGCGCAUUCUGCGCAAGCUCGACUGGCACCUGUUGCCAUUCGUUUCGUUGUUGUACAUGCUGUCAUUCUUAGACCGGACCAAUGUUGGUAAGUUGGGGCGUGUACCUCAUCCUGUCUUUUCAUCACCAUCACUAGGAAACGCGAAAGUCGCUGGCAUGUCUCAAGACCUGCAUUUGACUGGCUUCAGGUACAACAUCGCUGCGGCCGUCUUUUUUAUUCUGUACAGUUUUGCCGAGGUUCCCUCGAACAUCGCGCUCAAGCUAUUCAGACCAUCGCGCUGGAUACCAAUUAUCAUGGUCGCAUGGGGUCUUGUGAUGACCCUCAUGUGUCUCGUCGAUUCGUUUCGAUCUCUCGUCGUAGCUCGGCUGUUCCUUGGCUUGACAGAAGCAGGACUAUUCCCUGGAGUGACCUACUACAUAUCUCUCUGGUAUCCCCGAUCUGAACAGUCAAAACGAAUUGCUAUAUUCUUUUCUGCAGCGACAAUCGCAGGUGCUUUCGGCGGACUCCUUGCGUAUGGUAUCGAGCGGAUGGAGGGUAUUGGAGGAUUGCACGGUUGGCAAUGGAUCUUCUGCUUAGAGGGCAUUGCCACCCUUCUCGUGGCAUGUUUCUCUUUUUUCUGCAUGCAUGAUCCGGAGAGAGCAUACGUCAUAAAUAUGCUCAAGCAGGAUGCAGAUUGUCUCGCCACUCACUACGAUCUUCGAUUCAUUUUGCAAGCCAUGAAAGACUACAAGACUUACAUUCAAGUUUUCACAUAUAUGGGUUUGCUUGUCCCUGUUUAUGCUAUCGCUCUCUUUACCCCAACCAUCAUCAACGAGCUCGGCUACUCGGCUACCCAUGCUCAGCUGCUCUCAGUCCCACCAUUUAUUGCUGGCUGUAUUACCACAAUCCUAGUUGGAGUCUAUUCUGACAAGUACAAUCUUCGUGGCCCGUUCAUCAUAGGUGGCGCCUUGGUGUCUAUUGUGGGAUAUAUCAUGCUUUAUUGCGACAGACAAGCAGGCCUGUCGUAUGCUGGAACUUGUCUAGCUGCUAUUGGUGUCUAUCCCACCAUCGCAGUUGAUCUCGCUUGGGCAGGCUCGAAUGCAGGAGGCGACUUCAAGCGUGGAGUCGUGAUAGCGAUGGUCAUUGGCAUUGGAAACCUUGGAGGUAUUUGCUCCUCCUUCAUUUACAUCGAUCCGCCACAUUUCCACGUUGGGCAUGGCACCAUCAUAGGAUUCCUCUUUCUCUCAAUUUCAUUGAGCCUGUUCUCUAUGUGGAACUACGACCGGCUUAACAAAAAGAAACAAGCGCAAUGUCUCGCGGAAGGUAUUACUGACAGCAGGAGAGAUGACUUCAAGGACAUGGGCGAUGCCAGUCCGCUGUUUAGGUGA